CGCUGUUGUCGGUCAGGCGCGCGAUGUGAAGGCGCUCAGCUCAGCGCGUUUAUUUGUGAUUGUUUUGACGGAUCUGAGUGAACAGAUAAACAGCCAACGCUCGCUCAUCCGCGGACUGCGACGCACAGAGACAGCGAUCUGCUCAGAGGAUGGUUGUGGACGGGUUCGGCAGCGGGAAGAGCCUCGGCGCGGCGGCGGCGCGGGGGAAUGUGGACGCGGUGCGGCGGAUGCUGCAGGAUCACCGGCUCCAACCGGACACGCUCAACGAGUUCGGGAAAACCGCGCUGCAGGUGAUGAUGAUGGGCUGCCCCGGUGUGGCCAGUGUGCUGCUGGACCACGGCGCUGACCCCAACGUCCAGGACCGCUGCGGAGUGACCCCUGCGCAUGACGCGGCCCCGCACCGGAUUCCUGACACGCUGAGGGUUCUGGUGGACCACGGCGCCUCCGUCAACGUCCCUGACCACAGCGGAGCCCCUGCCCCCCUCCACAUCGCCAUCCGCGAGGGCCACGGGGACGUGGUGGAGUACCUGGCCCCGCUCUCGGACCUGGGGCACCGGGACGGCCGCGGGGCCGACGCUCUGGACGUGGCUCGGGACACUCGCGCUCCGGAGAUGGUGGAGCUUUUGGAGCGCCUGAUGCCAGCCCGGUCCCUCUGAAGAACUGCACGGCUCGACUCGGCGCUCAUUAGCGGGCUGUAUUUAUAUUAAUAUGUUGGAUGUUCUGAUAGUUGGUAGUUGAACUCACAAUAUUAGCCGGAAUAUGUAGCACCGGUUUUGCACAGAGCAGCCCCGCAGCGGAUCUCCUCGAGCGGGUUCGCCAGGCACACGUGUAAAUACCCCUUUCUUUGGUAUUUUACAAAACAUUUCUGUGCAGAAACGUGAACUGUUAACAGUUUUAUUCUUGUGAAAUUAUUUCUUGCCAUCUGCGCACUGAAGAAUUCUUGCUUUGCGCGUAAAUUUGCUCGGAUUAACGUCUGUAAAUAACAUUUUAUGAAUUUAUUUGACUUAUUUAUUGAAGAAUUGUAAAUUAACGUUUGUUUACCGUGGUAUUUCAGAUGUUAUU